AUGUCAAACAGUCGGGCGUCCGUGCUGCCGGAGAAGAAUGGAGCUCGAGCGUUCUCAGCACGCCAAGAGUGCGCGAGAGGGAAGACAUCUGGUCGACGAACUAAGCCUGGUGUCUCGACGUACGAAUACGCUGCACUGAAUCGUGCAAGUGAACUGUCUUCUAGAGCCGUAGCCUUCAAGGCACUUGAGUCGUCAACAACUUCCAACAAACACGAUCAGGUACUUCCUUGCUUGGGCAGGCGAGCGAAAGUCAUGCGCUCUCGGGAGACCACACAACUGUCCCUCAUCUCAACGAGGGCUAUGGCCAACCGAGAGAUGCGCACUUGCAAGGCGGAACGGGAUCGCGCUUUUGCUGAGCUUGUGCACGGAAGGUUGUUUACCCGCACAGGUGGGAUCGUUCGCACCUGGACGGCUAUCAUCGCCAACAUCAAGCGCCUCUUGUUCUUGCAAGGAGCGGUGGAGAGGGCCGCCCGUCAACAUCUGUUGGAAGCGAACAUGAACCGCAUGGCCAUCGUAACAAGGUUCAUGAGCCAGAUGGCCCUCAAGCGUCGGCGCAAUAGAGCGGUUAAGAUUAUCAUCGGGGCUCUGAGCGCGUUUACCAACUCGAACGCCAUCGGCCGCUACGCUCAACGGGUCAAUUGGGGUACUCGACACCUCCAGGCCGUGGUGAGACGGCGCAUGGCCUGCAUGACGUCCCACCUCACACUUCUCAAUCGGCACUGGGACCGCCUGUACCCUCCUGUUCCUUUGCCGCUGAUGACAACGGCGAUGCUAAGACCGCCAUCCAAAGCUUCACUGCCCCCGUCACGACCUGGAACAGCAGAGACGACCCCGGCAACAUCAAAUUCGCCGAGCAGCAACAAACGCCCAAAUCGGCGAAAAGGCGCCGGGGGGCAGGGGGGCCAAAAGAAAGGAAGAACCCGUCCGAAGCGCCAGAAGAGCGUGGUCGGUCGAGAAAAGAAGGUCGAAAAUGAUACUGGUGGUGGUGGCGGCCAGGGUUCCGCACGUGCAACACUUGCGUCGACGGUGCCAGAGACGGCUGACAGCACUAGUGCGCCCCCCAAGAACGCGUUGCAACCCAGGAGGCCCCCUGUGUACGUCUCAAGCGAGGCGAAGCACAGAGAGAUACUUUCAUGGCUGCAGAGGACGAGGGCAAAGCAUUGCAGGGACGUCAUCAACUACGAGCGUUUCACGAUAUUCCCAUGUAUGGUGGAGCUGCUGCUGCAACACGAGCGAAGGACGUACGGCACCCGCCUACAAGCCGUCAAGCACGUCAUCGCUCUCCGAAGCUUCGGGCGGCUUUCUCGAGUCUGGACGGAAGGCGGCUACUUCGCCAAAAUGUCGCACGUCUUGCCCCCGCCGUCGCGCAUGCCGAGGGUGUUCACGCCGGAGGAGGGCGACGAGAUGCUCGACCGCGCGGCCGCCAGAUCAACGACACCAUCGUUCACACAUGCUGCUGCGAGUUUCCUCGAAGGUGGGCCUGAGGCCCACGGAGCCCCACAAUCAGGAGCCGCGGCUGGCGGCACAAUGCCGCCGGAAGCGGUAUUGAUCGAGGUGGAAGCCGCGGCAACUGCGGCGGCGGAAGCGGCAAGAGCAGGGGAGGCGGCCGUGAAAGCCGUCUUGGGGAGCGGGAGCGGAGCAGGGUGA